AAGAGGAGGAGGAGGAGGAAGAGGAGGAGGAGGAGGAGGAGGGCGCUCGGGAAGCGGAGCGGGCGGCCCAUGGCGGCGGGGGGCAGCGGGGGCGGGCUGCUCGCCUUCCUGAGGCUGCUGGGGCAGCUCAAGAGGGUGCCGCGGACGGGAUGGGUGUACAGGAACGUGGCAAAGCCAGAGAGCGUGUCGGAUCACAUGUACAGGAUGGCGAUGAUGGCCUUGGUGACCGAGGACAAAAACCUUAACAAGGACAGAUGCAUACGAUUAGCGUUGGUUCAUGAUAUGGCUGAAUGCAUUGUUGGAGAUAUUGCUCCUGCAGACAACAUCUCAAAAGAGGAGAAACACAGGAGAGAAGAGGCAGCUAUGCAGCAGCUGACCCAGCUUCUAUCAGAAGACCUCAAAAAAGAAAUCUAUGAACUCUGGGAAGAAUACGAAAACCAGUGUACUGCAGAAGCUAAGUUCGUGAAACAGUUGGAUCAGUGUGAGAUGAUACUGCAGGCAUUUGAGUACGAAGAGUUGGAAAACACACCUGGCAGACUGCAGGAUUUUUACGAUUCAACUGCUGGAAAGUUUGUUCACCCAGAAAUACUCCAGCUGGUAUCUCUGAUCAACAGAGAAAGGAAUAAAAAAACAGCUGCUACAUGUCAUCCACAUUCCUGAGGUUUUCCUAAAUACUAUCACGGGAGGACCCUAGAAUUGAAAGGACAGCCUAUACUUUUCCCUCAUAGGACUUCUUCCUCAAAUCCUCAGAAGCCUCAGAAAAGAGGAAAAAGGAUGAACAGUUCUGAGACAUUCCCAAUUGUUCACAGCCUGUGUUGGUGGCACCCUAGGUCCAUGACUCCAUCUUCCUUCCUCCAUUUGCCCAAAGAAAUGAAAUAAAGAGAAUACAGGCAGAAAAUAUUUGAGAAAAUGUCAGUGGGUUUGCCAAUAAAGCUGGACAAUGAAAUGAAAGUUGCAUGGAAUGCAGAAGCUGACUUUAGACUCCAGACAUUUUGUUUUGUCUUGUUUAACUAAAGAUUCCGUGAAGGGGGAUCCAGGAGCACCCUGAGCACCUGGCAGGAUAAGGGCUGGCAUGACAAGGAAUUCCUCUAGAAGAAUGCCUUGGCUCAAUCAGCAAAAUACGACCAGGCUCCUCAAGUAAAUCACGGUGAGAAGAAAUGGUCUUCAGAGCCGAGCAGUUUGAAUCAGAUUUUCCUCUUUCUAAGUGACGUGUGGAAACAGACACCCCACCCCACAUGCAGAAACGGCAUCACUCACAAUUCUCCUUUAGCCCUCAAAGCAAGGUGAAAAGGCUUUGGGCUGCCUUCUCACAGGUUAGCCAUAACUGUAGGAAGAAUGGAUUUGUGGAGACUGGAGGAGUCCAAAAGCAAGCUUGGGAGCUAAAUGUACUGACAGCACUAGGAGCCCUAGAGUAGGUUUAGUGACUGAAUGACUAAAAGAAAGUGCUGCACUUCUUCAACAAAGUUUCUUCUAACUGACAAGUGGUGGAAAAAAAAUAUUCCACUUCAGACCUGAGGUGUUCCAGUGAGCUGCAUCCCUUAUCUAAAUGGACAUAAGUAGAAGGAACACAAAACCAUAAGCAAGUGAUAACACCCGGCUGCAACAGGCAGGAGUUCGGAUCUUUCUAGCUGCGGCACCCCACUGCAUGAAUGGUUUUUCUUACAAGGAGCUCGAGUGUAAAAAGCAUUUUCAGUUAAGGUUGAAAGAAUGAACAGGAAUGUGUAUAAAGGUACUGAGCUCAGUCCCUAGAGGUCAGAGUUUUGUUCUAGCUCUGCCACUAGACUUCCUUGGGAUGCUGCCUCCCACCUUGGAAUGAUGUUUCUGUCUCUGACAGGGUGCAAUGGAGAUGCCAUCACCCUACAUUAUCAUGACUUAAAGCUGUCAAAGCAGACUAUCCUAAUAAAAGUGAACAUGAAAAAGCUGAAAAUGAUAGUGCAGCUCAGCACUCUUUGAUGCACAUGCUGAUUUAGGAACGUGAAAAUAAAUCAAGUUCUCUACUGCUCUGUAUUUUCCUUAGACACUGACUGGCAAAUAUUACCUGCUGUAUGAUUUCACAGAGGUUUGGAAAGACAGACCUUGACCGUGUACCUGCUGCUUCAGUUCUAGUGGUAAUUUGCAUUUUAUGUAACAAGGAACGCCCCUUCCCCAGUGGAUGGCCAUCUUCUUGCCACUUUAAUAUUGUACAAAUUGUAAUGCCCGCUGACAUUAAUCCAGUGUUGUCAGUUCCCCACAAAAUGAGGUGAUACAUUUGGCCCUUGAUUACUAAGAGACUGUACGUAAAAUGUUAGAAUCUUUCUAUAGCAGGAAAAUGCCAUUUUGUGGGCACACUUAUCAGAUGAAUAAGAACCAUCAGGGGACAAAAACUCUUGUUCGCACUUUUGAUGCAAGUUUGCCAUUCUCUGUCCUGCCUUAACAAGCGUUAUUAGUGAUGCCUGAUAACUUUCUCAUCAGAUGUUUCUGUCCCACAGCGCAUAUGUUAAAAUAGUUCUGAAAUUUUAAAUACAGAUAAAACAUUGAAUCAGAGAGAAAAUGGACACCUGCAUUAAGGAAAGACUACUUCAGUGCUGAGAGCAUAAGUGGUAUGACAAACCAGAGCUACAUGAUAGCUCCCACCAGCUGAGUCAGGGGCACUCAGUGAGUACAUCUCUAGUGCUGCAAGCAGAGUAGCUCCAGCCAGGACUUAAGUUCAGUCUGUAGACAAACAGUUGUGUCUGCCUGGCAUGGCACAGCACAAAGCUCAUGAGACCACACUGCUUUCAAAACUGGACCUUGCGUCUCCACAUGGCUCUGCCUCACACAGCAUAAUCAACCGUGGUUACACCUGAGAUGUCUCUUCUUUCCACUUCAGUAUGGCCAUAUUUUUGGCAUUUUUGAGACCACUCAUUUACUUCGGCAGGCAACAAAAGUAGCUUCACAGCAAUAAAGCAGAGAAAGAAGAUUUUUCUGAUUUGUUUUCACUUUCUAAUAGUGCUUCUGGAGUUGCAUGAUAUUUGCAUGAAAUUCUUGAUUCAACAGCAAAUUCAAUCACCUUCCUGUACAAAGGAUAGGGACAACUAAGCUGUCACACUUCAAGCAUAGCCAUAUAACUCAGUCUUCAACCAUUACCUUAAGGCUUGUGACAGUGGUCUCAACCUUCUCUUCGAAUGACUUGAAAGUUGGAGAAUU